CUUAUUACAGUAACCUACCCACACACGCACAUGGUUACAAUGCAAAACAUCCGUGUUCCGUUCCUCCCACAUGAUAUACGAGAGAGAGCCCGAUGGUUUCUGGACAGACAGACUUGACCUUCUAACAGAUUGAACCAUAUUGUCGUCUAAUGUUCGGCCAACAUUGAAGCGCGUAGUAGCGGAUGAUGGAUUGGCUGCGAAAGCCUGAGUUCUUGUCGCUGGCAAUCCUUUGCCUUUGCAGCCUGUCAGGUGCCCAACGAGUCGACAGACUGCUCCCGAAAACGGGAAGUUUGAAUGGAGCAACGAGACUGACCAUCGGAGGGGAAGGCUUCGCCCAGGAGAACCAGUUCACCCUCAACGCCCAGGACAAGGACUUCGGGAACAAGGUAUACCUGGUGUCAGACACACUGUCUAUCCCCUGUGACGUGGAGAGGGACUCCACCCACGGCAACCAGAUAAUGUGCUACACCAGGCCCAUGCCCUACGGCACCUACGAGGUGCGGGUGAGCGUGGACGGGGUCCCCAUCCCCAAAAGCCAGAUCUGUGGUGGAGCUGAGAGCCCCUACUGGUGCAGCUACUAUCCACGAAACUACCGCUCUCCCACAAUCAGCAGCAUUACACCUACCACUGGUUUGCCAGGAUCCCUGGUGACAGUCUGGGGGCGGAUCUUCACCGACGUCUACGGCAGCAACACCGACAAGAGCACCAACGGGCUAAACGUCAGGGUGCUGAGGACCUACAUGGGCGGGAUGCCGUGUGAGCUUCUGAAGCCGAACUCUGAUGUCCUCUACGGUCUCACGUUAGAACACGAGAGUAGUUACUUUGGAACAAUGACUUGCAAAAUGACCGGGACAUAUAUUGGGCAUCACAAUCUGAGUUACAUCCUGGACGACCAGUACGGAAGGAGUCUACCGGACGCUGCCGUGUUGACCGUGUCAUCUCUGGACAAGCUGGCCAUGUUCCAGACCUACGCCGAGGUGAACAGAGUUUCUCCCCCAGCGGGGAGCUUAGAAGGUGGAACGAUCCUCACCAUCGAGGGGCGCUACUUCGACGAAACCGAUCGCCCAGCAACCGUUCUAGUCGGAGGCCAAGAUUGCCUGAUCCUGAGCUUAUCUGAUGAGAGACUCACGUGCGUCACCCCCAAGCACCAGAUAAACAACAUGACAGUUUUCCCAGGUGGCCGGGGUCUGAAGAUGGAGGUGUGGAACAACAGCAGGCCCGGGAGCCUGGACGAAGCUCUGGGCUACAAUGAGACCAGGUCGGGCUACUCCGUGCGCUGGGUGGACUCGCUGUCCUACACCUGGCCUCAGGAGCUGGACAACUUCGUGGCUCGGCUGAGCGGUUUCUUCGUUCCCACGGAAACGGACAACUACACCUUCUACAUCAAAGGCGACGAUCGCUGCGCCCUCUACUUCAGCCUCACCGGCCUCCCGCGAGACAAGGUUAAGAUUGCCUACCAGAAUGGGUUAACUUCUGACUACUUCAGAACCAGAGAACAGCGGUCUACAACGAUGCUUCUGGAGAAAGGGAAACCGUACUACAUAGAGGUUUUGGUGCAGGACUAUCAAAUAGUUGGCUAUGUAGACGUUGGCUUUUUCAAAGAAAAGAGCCCGUUCACCGCGCAGCAGUCUGCAGAGAGCACCAAUGAAAUACAGACGAUCAGGUCCGCCUAUGACGUACUCCCGGAGAAACAGGUGCUGAGCUUCGGGAACUGGACUCCCGUGGAGCCGGUCAAAGAGGUGCAGGUGGUGACGGUCAACAGCAGCUGCCUCGCCCUGGACACCUGUGACUACACCUUCUACAGCCUGAAAUACAACUCCCACAGCACCGGCCCCAUCCCCGUGAGCGCCUCUGCAGAGGACGUGCAGAACGCCCUCAACUCCCUCUGGUCCAUAAAACCGGACACGGUCCAAGUGACCAGAGCGGACCUCAGCACGGGAGCUGAGUACACCGUGGUGUUUGACUCCAGAAGAGGUGACUAUCAGGCUCUCCAGUACGAGACCGCGGCGGACGACGCGAACAUCACGGUCACGGAGCUCACCAAGGGGAAGCCCAGCUUGGAGACGUUCACCCUGGAGUGGGGCGGCACUUACUCCAAGCCCAUGCGAUUCGACGCCAAUGAGUCGGAGGUGCAGUCAGCGCUGAAGCUCAUGCUUAGCGCGGAGUGUCCCGGCGAGGUCGUCGUCACGGAAACCAGGGACGUGAAGUACUUCCAGGACUACGAGGACGGCCAGCCUUUCGUUACCGGCGGCUACCGCGGGACGCGGGUUUCGGACGCGGAGGCGUUCUGCGGCCGGGGGUCCCUCCUGAACCCAGAGGUCCUCUACCAGAUCACGGACCCGCGGAGCUCCGGGACCGCCUACGGGCCCGUGCCACUGCAGCAGUACGGCACGCUCUGCUUCGCCUACAAAGGAUAUCUGCGGAAUGAGAUAGGGGUUGUAUUUUCAUACCAAAGCAGAGCAGUGGUCAGGACUGCAGAAUUCAGAAUCCCGGUGAUAUUAAACCGGGGAUACAAUUGGAAUUACGUUUGUGUGGACCUGUUGACUCCACUACAGACAGAAUAUUCUGGGUGUUGCUACAAUCUGUUGCAAUUCAACCUGUACAGAGAGACAUCCACUCUAGAUUUCUACGUGGAUGCUGUUUAUCUGGGGAAAAGGCCUACCACGAUCAAUGUCAAUGCUGUUGUCCAGGCACGGAAGCCCCCGGCCCUCGUCCGCUGGGGCCUUUACGUUCAGGACGUCGCGGUGCGGAAGAUCGCGCAGAAAGACGCCGCGCGCGCGAGUUACGAGAUCACCGCCAGCCCCUACAACUGCGGCCACGACUUCCCCCUCCUGUCCGUCGCCUUCCUCCAGGUUUCCAACCGCAGUCAGGACACAGCGCUGUUCCGUGAGGGUGGGGCGGACGUCACGGUAACCAGAGCCCAGAGGGCCAGCCCCCCCCUGUCCGGAACGUUUGACGCUGAGAUUUAUGGCGAACGCGUCGAGGGCCUGUCUGUGGACAUCAGUCCUGAGGACCUCCAGUACGCCCUGCAGGGGAUCCCAGAGAUGGGGCUGGUCCAGGUGACCCGGUCCGGGGGCUGCACGGGGUACAGCUGGAGGGUGCAGUGGCUCUCGAACCCAGGGGCUCAGCCCCUCAUCCAGAUCAACAGCUCGUCUGUUUUGGGAGUGAACCCCCGAGUGUGGACCAGUCUGUCGAGGCGGGGAGGGCUGUUCAAAAGCUCAAUUUUGGGGGAUUUCCUUCGCGUGCCUGAAAGCCGACCUCAGGUGGAGGUCUUGAUCAAUGGCAUCCCGUCAAAGUGCUCUGGCGACUGUGGAUUCGAGUGGAGCGCGGCGAAAACGCCGGUGGUCACGGGAGUCAGCCCCGCGCAAGGAUCGUACGCUCUGGAUACUGUCCUGACUAUUACGGGGUCCGGUUUCAACAGUGAAAAUGCCACCAUUUUGAUUGGAGACGUAAAAUGCUCUGUUCUACAGAUAAACAACUCCUCGCUGACCUGCAGGGUUGGAGGUGCGAGCGCCGGCACCGUCCCGGUCUCCGUCAGCCUCGCUGGGCUUGGCCACGCCCACUACAGCCGGGAGGCGGGGUUUAACUUCACCAACCAAUUGGGAGUCGUCUCCAUCUCGCCAUCUUCUGGGAGCACGGCAGGGGGCGCUCUUCUGACCGUGACCGGGUACGGCUUCAGCGGUCAAACCACGGUCCUGAUCGGGGGGCAGAGGUGCGCCGUCCUCUCCGCGAAUUUGGACAGACUCCAGUGCAGGACCCCCCCGGGAACUGCGGGGGCCCGCGCGGUGACUGUGGAAGUGGGGGAGAUGAGCGCGUCGGCGGGGGACCCCUUCGUUUACGACGCGGAUCUGACGCCCGUGAUCACCAGCACGAGCCCGCUGAGGACAAGCGUGUUGGGACGCGCGAGCCUCACCAUCGAGGGGAUGAACUUUCAGAACCGAACCCAAGGCAGCUCGGUCCUGAUCGGCGAGAGGGAAUGCAGGAUACAGCUGUGGCUCCCCAACAACAUCACCUGCUUCCUGCCACAGCUUCCGCCGGCCCUGUACAACGUGAAUGUGCGAGCUGGAAACUGGGGCUAUGCCAAAACCAACGAUGGCGGGAACGCCACCAUAGAGUACGUCCUGGAGGUGGCGAGCGUCUCUCCGACGCGGGGCUCCCUCUACGGGGGCACCAGGGUGACGGUGACGGGAUCGGGGUUCAGCUCCGGCGUCCCCGACAACAGAGUCUCCAUCGGAGGUACCCCGUGCGAAGUCACCGCCGCGUCGGAGCACCGGCUGGAGUGCGUCACGCGCCCGGAGGAGAGGACCCACGCGGUCACCAACCAGGGCUCCCACCCGAGUUACGGGGAGGGUUACGCGUGGAGCCCGUCGUCCCUGACGGUGUCGGUGGGGGACACGGUGGCGUGGCGAUGGGACGCCCCGCCCUUUGUCGCGGGACUGGGGUACGGGGUCUACAGCGUCGCCAGUCCCAGCAGCACCGCCUACGACGGGGUGUCCUUCACCAGCGGAGACGCCAAGACUGAGUCCGGGUUUUUUAGCCACCGGUUCACAGCCCCGGGCGUGUACUACUACAGCAGCGGGUUCGUGGACGCCAGCAGCCAGAAGUUCCUGCAAGGGGUGGUGAAAGUGCUAGCCCUGGAGGACAGACGCGGGCGGCUGAACCUCACCGUCGGAGGGAUCGAGGCCCAAUACCGGCCAGGCGCCCCGCUCCGCGACGCGAGGUCGGCGGCGGAGUGCGUCUCUUCGGUUCCGGACUGCUCCGGGUUCGCGGAGGCGCCCGCGCCCGCGGACGGGUUCUACUUCAGCUUUCUGGGCUGCCUCUCCCCCGUGGUGCACCGCAUCCGGCCCGGCAGCGGCAGCUUCCACGACGUCAUCCACAUCGAGGGCACGGGCUUCGGCAACGCCAGCUGUGCCAACGAGGUGACAGUCGGGGGGAGCCCUUGUCAGGUGACCAACAGCACCACGGGCCAGAUGAGCUGUCGUCUCUCGCCGGACAGCGGCUUGGGAGUGGGCGUGGCCCACCCCGUCGCCGUCCUGGUCGCCGGCGUGGGCGCGGCCGUGAACGCGGCGCCCAGCGUGUUCGGGCGGAGCUUCGUGGUUCUGCCCGUCGUCGACUCGGCGAGCCCCGACGCCGGCGGCACCGCCGGGAGCACCCGGCUCACCGUCCGAGGCUCCGGGUUCGCGGCGGACGGGCGGACGGCGGUGACCGCGGCCGGUAUGCCGUGCCGCGUCCUGUCCGCCAACUACACCUCCGUCACGUGCCGGACCUCGCCCGCCUCGGCGCGAGCGGGGGAGGUGGCGGUCCGCGUGGGCGGAGUCGCGGCCUCCUGCCGGUCCGGCUGUGCCUUCCGGUACUCCCCCGACCUGGACCCCCGGGUCACGGGCGUCUCCCCGGACACCGUGAGCGGCGGCUCCACCGCGGUGAACGUCUCCGGCUCCGGGUUCGGGAGCAGCCCGGCCGACGUGGAGGUCUACGCGGGCGGCGUGCGCCUGGAGGUCACGGCCGUGACGGACGACACCAUCGCCCUCGCCGUCGGCCACGUGCCCGCGGGCGACCACGCCCUGACGGUGGUGGUCUCGAGCCGGGGCCUGGCGACGGGUUCCGCCACGCUGCACAGCCGGGCCCUCGCCUCCCUCGCCCCGAGCGCCGGGAGCCUCAGGGGCGGGACGGCCCUGCUCCUGGCGGGAAACGGCUUCGUGCCGGGGAACACCUCGGUGACUGUCGACGGCGCCCCCUGCUGGCUGCAGCGGGUGCUGCCGGGGGAGGUGUCCUGCCUGACGGCGGCUCACGCCGCGGGCACCGUGCCGGUGAACAUCCGCGUCCUCUCGGUGGAGUACCCGCCGCUCAACUUCACCUACUCCCUGUCAGAGACGCCAACGAUCACAGCAGUAGACCCAGCGGCAGGAUCCACCGGGACAGAGAUCACCAUUUCCGGGUCGGGAUUCGGCGCGGACCUCCAGCACGUCUCCGUGACCGUCGGCGGCGCGCGGUGCAACGUGUCCUCCCUCUCAGACGCGCAGAUUCGGUGCGCGGUCGGGGAGCGGGCCGGGGGAACGUUCCCGGUCGUGCUCCACCACGCCGUCAAGGGGAACGCGGAUUCGCGGGCUUCCUUCCAGUACCACUGGUCCCUCGCCAGCGUCCUGCCGAGCCAAGGGGGCUACGGCGGCGGCUCCGUUCUGAGCGUGCUCGGCUCCGGGUUCGACCCUCGCUCGGCGCAGGUGCUGGUCUGCGGGAAGGAGUGUCCCGUGCGGAGGGAGGCGUCGCGGUCCACCCUGCUGUCCUGCGAGGUCCCACCGAACAACGGCACUGCGGCGCGGCUGGUCUGCGCAGUGGAGGUUCUGCAGUCCAACGCUUCAUCGUCGCUGUCCGACGCCUUCGCCUACGAGUCCGCGCUGACGCCCGCCAUCGCGGCGGUGUCGCCCCGCAGAGGGGGGACCGCCGGAGGCACCAGGCUCACAAUAACGGGCUCCAAUUUCAGCUCAAACGGCAGCGCGAUCGCCGUGACGAUAGCCGGCUCCGCGUGCGACGUCGAGUCCGCCAACGACACCCACAUCGUCUGCGUCACCAACGCCCAGCCCAGGUCGCAGGAGGCCGAAGUGCGGGUCCACGUCAAGGAGAGGGGCUUCGCAAAAAACGCGAAAAACGCUGACUUCUUCUACAUCGACGUCUGGUCCUCCAAGUACACCUGGGGGGGCCUGUCGCCCCCCGAGGCCGGGAUGUUCGUUGUCGUCACCAAGGGUCAAACCAUCCUGCUGGACACCAGCACGCCAGUGCUUAAGAUGCUUCUCAUUCAAGGUGGGACGUUGGUGUUCGACGAGGCCGAUAUCGAACUGCAGGCGGAGAACAUUCUAAUCACCGACGGGGGCGUCCUCCAGGUCGGCACGGAGACGGCGCCCUUUCGGCACAAGGCCAUCAUCACGCUUCACGGGCACCUGCGCUCCCAGGAGCUGCCCAUCUACGGCACCAAGACCCUGGGCAUCAGGGAGGGCACUCUGGACCUGCACGGCAUACCUGUCCCGGUUCCCUGGACGCACUUGGCCGAGACGGCCCCUGCCGGAGCCACCGCGGUGACCCUGAGGCAGUCCGUCACGUGGAACGUCGGGGACGAAAUCGUCAUCGCUUCCACGGGUCACAGACACAGCCAACGAGAGAACGAGGUGAGGAGGAUACGCGCGGUGUCGGCGGACGGAAGGACCCUCAACCUGACGGAGCCCCUGAGGUACACCCACCUGGGGGUGUCCGUCACGCUGCCCGACGGGACGGUGUUCGAGGGGCGAGCCGAGGUCGGCCUCCUCACCCGGAACGUCGUGGUCCGGGGCUCCGACAACGUCGAGUGGAACGACAGGAUCAAGGCUUGCCCCGAAGGGUUCGACACAGGCGAGUUUGCCACCCAGACGUGCUUCCAGGGCCGGUUCGGCGAGGAGAUCGGAAGCGAUCAGUUCGGAGGCUGCAUUAUGUUCCACGCCCCCAGACCCAGCGAGAAUCUGGCGAUAGGAAGAAUCGAACACGUGGAGGUCUUUCAUGCCGGCCAGGCCUUCCGGCUAGGCCGCUACCCCAUCCACUGGCACCUGAUGGGAGACCUGCAUUACAAGUCCUACGUGCGAGGGUGCGCCAUCCACCAGACCUACAACCGAGCGGUGACCAUCCACAACACCCACAACCUGCUGGUGGAGAGGAACGUCAUCUACGACAUCAUGGGCGGCGCCUUCUUCAUCGAGGACGGCAUCGAGACGGGUAACAUCCUGCAGUACAACCUGGCCGUGUUCGUCAAGCAGAGCACCAGCCUGCUGAACGACGACGUCACGCCCGCCGCCUACUGGGUCACCAACCCCAACAACAUCAUCCGGCACAACGCCGCCGCCGGCGGGACGCACUUCGGGUUCUGGUACCGCAUGCACGACAACCCCGACGGCCCGUCCUUCGACCCCAGCGUCUGCCAGAAGAAGGUCCCGCUCGGGGAGUUCUACAACAACACGGUGCACUCGCAGGGCUGGUUCGGCCUGUGGAUCUUCCAGGAGUACUUCCCCGUCCGCGGCGGCAGCUGCGGCUCCAGCAGGCCGGAGCCGGCCGUCUUCCGCGGCCUGACCGCCUGGAACUGCGAGAAGGGGGCGGAGUGGGUCAACGUGGGGGCGGUGCAGUUCGCCGACUUCCUGGUGGUCAACAACGAGAAGGCGGGCAUCGAGGCCAAGCGGAUCUUCCCCAACUUCGUGGGGGGGUUCGGGGAGGAUGUGGGGGCGGUGAUGAAGAACUGCACCGUCGUGGGGCACGUGGACGAGCUGGGCCUGGGCGACGGGUACUGCACCGCGCGCGGGGUCAUCCUGCCGCUGGACGACGGCUUGAGCGUCCUCUCCACCACCUUCGUCAACUUCGACAGGCCCUCCUGCGCCGCCGUCGGGGUGGCGCGGAUAGACGGGACGUGCGAGUACCUCUGCGGGGGCUGGAGCGGCAGGUUCGGUGGGGUCCGGUACUUCAACGCCCCCAACAAGGCCGGGUUCCGGUGGGAGCACGAGGUGGUGCUGAUCGACCUGGACGGCUCCCUCACAGGUCACGCCGACCACAAGGUGGUGCCACAGAGCCGCCUGCUGGACCCCGCCCACUGCACGCAGGGGGCGGCAUGGAGUGUGGGCUAUCCGGGCUUCGUCUGCGAUCACACGGUCAACUUCCACCGCCUGGCCUUCAACGAACCCUCGCCCUCCUCCCUGCAAGCCAAGGACGUCAUCCUGACCAACUCACACGGCUCCAGUGCAGUUCCAUAUUUAAAGAAAAGAAUGACCCACAAGUAUGGCUGGAUGGCACUGAUUCCUUCUAAAAAAACCUACAACUGGUAUUUUGACCAUGUGGAUCUCAUCACAAACAUUUCCUACACUGCCAAGUUUUAUGGAUUCAAGCAACAAGACUACGUCAUUGUGAACCACAACCUGACCCAGAGUCCAGACAAGUUCCGCAUAGUGGAUUACAGAAAUGCCUCCAAGCAACCCCUGGAUUUCAGUACGAACGUGAACGGGGACUGGUUCUUCAACAAAACCUCCAACACUGUUUAUUACAUGGUGUCCGGGAAGCAGACCCAGAGGAGGAGGCGUUCCAGCGUGGACCCUGCCCAGGUGGACGUGGGCGUGGACUUCCAGGUGUACCGCUGCUUCUACGAGGGCUGCAUCCCGCCACCCCCGCCCCCGCCAGCCACCCUGCCGCCCGUCCCGUCCCGAAGACCGGCGGACCACUCGUGGGUUACAUUUUUGGGGUUCACACUCAGGUAUUGGUCCAAUGAGACUUUCUGGAAGUCGUCCCCCGAAAAUAACUUUAAAGUACCAGUAGAAGGAUCGGACGUGGUGGUUCCUAUAGGGGUUUGGCUUGUUAUGGAUAUCGCCAUUCCCUCCCUGGGAAGGGUUACGGUCCUUGGAGUCCUGGAAAUCCCAGACACCAUGAAUAAGACGUCCGCAUCGACUGCCGGAAGCGCUCUCCAAUACAGAAGAAUCACUGUGAACGCAACGUACAUCUCCGUUCAGGGAGGAAGGCUAACCCGCCAGUGCUGGGAUGGCCGAGACCUUCAAGAUGGCUGCCAAUCGAGCAUUGUUUCCGUGGGAAACCACUUCACGCCAGACUGGCCUUUGCCGUCCGGGCCCAACCAGGGAGCAAAGGUGCUCGGUGUGUUCGGUUUGCUGGAUCUCUACGGGAUGCCUCACAGUAUAUACCGCACCAAACUGCGCAGCACGGCUGCAGCUGGAUCCACCACUCUGUCCCUGCAGGAGACCGUGGACUGGCAGGUGGGGGAUGACGUCGUGAUAUCGACCACCAGCUACGACCCCUGGGAGACGGAAACCCGGAAGAUCGCGGCCGUGUCGACGGACAGGCGUACCCUGACCCUCAACCAGUCUCUGACCCACACCCACAUCGGGGAGACCCACAGUGUCCAGGGCACUGCGAGGACCUACACGCUGUCGGCGGACGUUGGGCUGCUGAGCAGGAACAUCAAGAUCAUUGGGGAGGACUACCCGGACCUGUACAGGGAGUCCUUUGGAGCCAGGGUGCUAGUGGGCACAUUCUCAUCUGGAGGAGCAACAUACAGAGGAAGUGCGCAGAUCAGAAAUGUUGAGUUCUAUCACACGGGCCAGGAAGGCUACCGGGAUUUUUAUGAUCCGCGCUACUCCCUGGCUUUCCUGGAUCUGGGUGACAUUUCCAACAACGAGUCCUACGUCCAAGGCUGCGCUUUCCACCACGGUUUCUCUCCCGCCAUUGGCGUCUUCGGGACAAACGGCCUGAGCGUGGAUGACAACGUCAUCUACUUCACCGUCGGCGAAGGGAUCAGAGUUUGGGGCAUGAACAACAAAGUGCGGAGAAACCUAGUGACCAUGUCCCUGUGGCCGGGAUCCUACCAGGGCAGAGAGGAGACCUUCAACUUCGACUGGAACGCCGCCAUUGAAGUGAACGAGGGACAGAACGCAGUGCUGCAGGACAACAUCGUGGCAGGGUUCGAGAGGGCGGCGUACCGCAUCAACGGAGAGCCUUGCCCAGGAACGUGGAAUCCGGCGGACCCGUGGUACCAGAACGAAGCGCACGGGGGUCUGUACGGCAUAUUCAUGAACAAAGACGGGCUGCCCCGGUGCACCCUCAUCCAGGGCUUCACCAUCUGGAGGUGCUUCGACUACGGAAUCUACUUCCAGGUGACCAUGAGCGUCCAGGUCCGCAACGUCAGCCUGAUCGACAACGGAAUGGGCGUCCUGUCCAUCGUCUUCACGCCCCCGGCCCUGUCGCACCAGUACUCCAACAAAACGGUCCUCGUCAAGGACGCUCUGCUAGUGGGCAGCAGCCCCGAAUUCAACUGCUCCCAGGGCCUCUCGUCCAGCAACGCCAACGUCCGCCUCAGCAGCUGGCACAGAGCCACCAGGCCUCCCAACGGGGGACGGAGCGGGAUUUGCUGGCCGACCUUCGCGUCGGGCCACAAUCACGCGCCGACCAAACCCAACGCCGAACUGAUGAGCUACACCGCCAUCAGCGGACUCAUGACCGUGACUGACACCACGUUCGUGGGGUUCAAGAGCGUGUGCUCGGGGCAGACGAACGUGAUGUUCAUGACCAAUCCCCAAAACGAGGACCUGCAGCACCCCGUUCACGUGGAGCGCCUGACGCUGGUGGACAGCACCGAGAGCGCCAAGGUGCACAUCCACAGGGCGGACGUGAGUAAGGCCAACCCCUCGGACUGCGUGGACAUGGACUGCGACGCCAAGAAGAAGUCCCUGCUCAAGGACCUGGACGGCUCCUUCCUGGGCUCCGUGGGUGCGGUGCUGCCCCAGUCAGAGUUCGAGUGGGACGGGGACAGCCGGAGGGGCGUGGGAGACUACAGGAUCCCCAAAGUCAUGCUCACCUACCUCAACGGCAGCCGCAUCCCGGUCAACAAGAUCGCCCCCAAAAAAGGGAUAAUCCGGGACUCCAGAUGCACAUAUAUGGCCCCAUGGCAGAGCUACAAGUGCUUUGGCCUGAACUACGAGAUGCUGGUCAUGGAGAGCCUGGACGCGGACACCGAGACCAGGCGACUGUCCCCGGUGGCGGUGCUGGGAGACGGCUACGUUGACCUGCUGAACGGUCCCCAGGACCACGGCUGGUGCGCUGGGUACACGUGCCAGAAGAGGGUGUCUCUCUUCCACAGCAUCGUCGCCACCAACAAGUCCUUCGACAUCUACUUCAGCAGCGUGACCCCUCAGAAGCUACGGCUAAUGCUGCUCAAUGCCAACAGCUCAAGGGCCGUCAGGGUCGCCAUAUUCUACUCCAAACCUCAGCGUCUAGACGUCUACGUUGGCAACCGGCUGGUGGCCCCGACGAACGCACAGUGGAACAGCGCCCAUUCGGACUACACCCUCCAGGAGCCUUCUUUUGACGGGCAAUACGUUCCCCAGCCGGACUCCGGAGCCCACGGGUCGAACUUCUACGAGAGCACCUACAAGAUGCAGAACGUCCUCCUGCGCGGCUCCGCCCCCGUGGAGAUACGCACCUCCCCCCUCCUCUUCAUCUCCUUCCAGCUGCCCGCCAUGACCGAGGAAGAGUUCUACGGAGACAACCUGGUGAGGAACCUGGCGCUCUUCCUGAAGAUCCCGCCCAGCAUGAUCCGCGUCACCAAGGUGAUCCGCGAGGGCGGCGCCCGCCGGCGGAGGGCCACGGGCCUGACGGUGGAGGUGCAGAUCAGCCAGCCCCCUCAGCAGAACACCACCGACAACAGCACCAGCGACGCGGAGUUCGGCGCCUUGCGGAAAAUAGCGGACGACCUGGGGCAGGCGGCAGUGUCUGGCAACCUGAGCCAGUCCAUUGGGUUCAACGUGUCCUCCAUGGGCAUCGUGCCCCCGACGCCCCCGCCCACCGAUCCAGCGUGGAGCCAGGUGGCCAACGCGGAGGAGACCAGGCAAGAGCCGACGCCCAGCUUCGUGUCCAGCGUGGCCAGGCUGCAGGUGGUGGUGCAGCCCAUGUCCAGUGGCCUCGCGGGCCCCCUCCUCCAGCAGCCCAGCCUCAUCGCCCUGGACCAAGGGGGUAACUGCGUGGCGGUUGGGGUCACCUCUCUCACGCUCACGGCCGGGCUGAAAGGCUGGGACAGCAGCAGCUUGGAGGGCCUGCAGGGGAACACCACCGUGCACUUCCAGAGCUGCUGGGCCAACUACACCGACCUGUCAAUCAGCACCGCCGGUGAGAACAUGACGAUGGUCUUCACUUUGAAUUCGGUGAAAGUUCAGUCCAGAAGCAUCACCAUUAAGGCUGCCACUACUGGUCCUACUGCUGCUCCUACUGCUGCUCCUACCGCUGCUCCUACCGCUGCUCCUACUGCAAAGCCCACUGUGAAGCCAGACCCAGAGCUUCCCAGCAUCUUUGACUCUGUGGCCCCGGUCAAGUCCAGCACGCUGCACUUGUUUGCGCUCGUUCUCUCUCUGAGCCUCGUGCUUUUAGGAUUUUAGGGAACGGCUCGAGUGAAAGGUGUGGGUGCUGUACCCGGAAAAAUUAUGACGUAACCACACGGAAGGGUAAAAUCAUGUUAUUUUUUUUUGGAAUGUUUACCUUUUGCUGCUAUGGAGAAUGGGGAAUGUGUUUUGUGUCAAAUGAGGUAUCUAUUGUGUUAUUCUUCGGUUCUGUACUCUUUUGUGAAUGUAAUCAGAGUGAUUGGGAUUUAAUUUGGGGAAGGGAAAAGCUGAUUCUGAACAAUGACCUUUCAUGAAGAAAAUAUUGUCCUUCUGAACUACAGUAAAUGCGCACAAAUUAUUUUUGGCUGUAGAGCGCACUGAAUUAGAAUGUUUUGUGAAAAGUGUGCAUUCACCUCUGUUAAGGUAACCCUCAUAUAUAACAUAUAACCUGUGAUAUAUAAUCUGUAUCUAAAACUACCUAUUGGCACUUACUGUGAUUUAAAAAAAAACUUUAGUCAGGUCUUGAUUACUGGUGGACUGUUUAAUUUGCUUUGGCAGUUUUUAGCUGAAUAAAUGACCUAUGAACGUA